AUGUCAAAUUUGUUGUCAUCAAAAAGUGGAGAAAUGAAGAAGAGAAAAAAUAAAUUACGUGCUUUAUGUGGAGUGAAUUUUACAUUGGAACAAUACAGUUUCAAUUUUUCUCAGGUAACAGAGAGGUAUUACAUCGAUAAAAAGGCCAAACUUUCUUACUGCAAAGUUCCGAAAGCUGGGAGUUCCUUGUGGACGCAAAUUUUUAUGAUUCUGAGAACUGAACCUCAACAAAAUUCAUACAUGAUUAAUAAAAUAGUGGAAGAGAGUAGAAACAAACUUCAUGGAUAUAAGCCAUUCUUUUCCUCGAUGCCUACUGUUGGAAACAGCACUAGCUCUGUCAUUAUGUCCAGGAAUCCCUAUUCCAGACUGUUUUCGGCGUAUAUUGACAAGAUAUAUUUGAUGGAUAAGUUUAAAAUUUCAAGGAUUAUUUCAAUGCAAAAUGGAAAACCAAAGUCAGUAUGUGGAUACAAUGUGACCUUCCAGGAGUUUCUAGAUUAUGUUGUCAGUCAAGCAUCAAACGGGUAUAAUAUAAAUAGACACUGGGCACCAGUUUAUCUUCUAUGCCGGCCAUGUGAUGUGAGAUACGACGUCAUAAGCAAAAUCGAAACCCUAACAGAAGAUUUACACUUUAUAUUUAAUCAUUCGCAGGUGUCUAGAUCCACAAAGGAUAUUAUUUUGAAUGUGACUAAAUAUAAAGCAGAUCUAUUUGGAGUAUUAAAUACAUAUUUGUCACAUUGGAAUAAGCAUAGAGUAGAGUGUCCCAUAUUAAAAGAAUACUUGUUAAAGAUAUGGACAGCAUUAAAAUAUCAGGGAGAACUGAAACACGAUCUGCCAUUUCCAACAAAUGCAUUUUCGUCUGUGUUGACAAAAAACCCGGAUAUGAAAGUCAUCGUCAAUGAUUUUGUAGAGUAUGUUACAAAAAAUAGACCAACAUCAGAGGAGAGAAGAGCGCAGCGGAGGAGGGCCCUGACUGAAGCAUACAAAGGAAUAAGGAAAUCCACGAUAGAUAGAGUUCAGAAAUUAUACCAGCUUGACUUUCUAUUAUUCCAAUAUGAACUGACUCCACCAUUAUAG